AUGGAGGAUUCUGUGGAUUUUCCCGGAUUCCAAAUCUGUACUCACAGAGAAGAAUUUGAGUACAGAAAGGCAUUGAGCAGAUUGCAGAGACGAGCUCCAUGUCCUCUGCAGAUCAAGCCAAAUGAUAUUCUCCAAAGCCAAACUGCAAAUCUAGCAAUUGGAUUCAGCAUUACUUCUUCGAAAUCGGAAUCAUCUGAAGCUUCUUCAUUUGGUUCAUUCUACCAUAGUAAAGACCCUAUUCCGCUACUUUCUCCGCUUGUUUCGCCUUCUUUGAUCCCGCCCACCUACAUUCAAGAAGGGAAGACUGCCAAAUCUCAUUGAUCAUACAGCCAUUGGCUCUGUACAUUGUAAAUCUGUCUUCUUUUUUCCCUUGUUGUUCCUUUUUUCUAACACUAGACAUCUGCAGUUAGCUUUUCAGCAAGUUACUUUUUGGCAUGAAAUGUAACAAUAAUAAUUCAACGAAAUAAAUCUAACUCCAGAGUGUUUCUUUUC